AUGGCGGACGGCCAAGUACGAGUUCUCUCCACAGAUUUGGUUCAAGCCGCCGAGCAGCCGAGGCACACAGCAGAAGCAGAACGCAUUCCCCUCACUCCAUGCGACCUGCGUUUCAUCCUCCUCGGGCCCAACCAAAAGGGCCUUCUCUUCCGCAAACCAACCACGGGUCCGACCGAAGGUCGAACCACGUUCAUUAUCCAGUCCCUCAAAUCCUCCUUCUCCCGCGCGCUCGCCUCCUUCUACCCCUUCGCCGGCCGGCUCUCCGUCGACGAACACGCCGACGCCGGCCGAACUGCCUCCGUCUACAUCGACUGCAACAACAACGCCGGCGCUCUGUUCGUCCACGCCGCGGCCGACGGCGUGUCCGUCGCCGAUGUCCUCGAGCCGCUCUACGUCCCGGCGGUGCUCUGGUCGUUUUUCCCUCUCAACAGGAUGAGAAACCACCACGGGUUCUCCGGACCGUUACUCGCGGUCCAGGUGACGGAGCUCGUCGAUGGGUUCUUCAUCGGCUGCACGAUUAACCACGUGGUGGCCGACGGCGCGACUUUCUGGAGGUUUAUGAAUUUAUGGUCAGGAAUCUGCCGGUCCGGCGGCGGCGGCGGCGGCGGUGGUGGUUAUUCAGCCGAGAUGAUGAACGGCUCCGACAAGUCGCGGGUUUUCAGCAGGCAAUGGCUUCUGGAUGAGAAGCAUCGGCCGGUCAGGUUUUCGUGGAUGGUGGUCGAAAAUUUGGAACAAAAAGUUGUCCCACCGCAGCAUCUAAAAGAGCGGGUUUUCCACUUCAGCCGCGAGAAGCUGGCGGCGCUGAAAGCGCAAGCCAAUGCCGAAGCCGGCGGCGGCAGCCAGAUCUCGUCUCUGCAAUCCCUAAUUUCCCACAUUUGGAGAGCAGUGUUCCGAAAUCGGAGCAACUACAAUCCCGAUCCAGAUCGAGAUCUGAAAUUCCUCCUAUUCUUCGGAUUUCGAUCGCGGCUCCAGCCCAGAGUUCUGGAGGACUACUUUGGGAACGCGAUUGUGAGCCAAUCGGUCGUAUUGAAGGAGGGCGAAUUGCUGGUGGCGGAGAAGGGGCUGGGGCGCGUGGCGGCGGCGAUCAACAGAGUGGUGGCGGAGCAGACGGACGAGAAGCUGAAGGAAGCGAUGGAGUCUUGGAUCGGGAACCCCAAGUUCCUAAAAAUGGGGGAAUUAGAAGAGGGAAUGAUGCUGCUGGGUAGCUCCCCGAGGUACGACGUCUACGGGAACGAUUUCGGUUGGGGGAAGCCGGUCGCGGUGCGGAGCGGGGCCGGCAACAAAUUCGACGGCAAGGUUACGGUGUAUCCCGGAGUGGAGGCGGGAAGCAUGGACGUGGAGAUUUGCUUGUUGCCGGAGACGGCGGAGAGAUUGGGAAGGGAUCUGGAGUUUAUGGCUGCAGUCGGCGUCUGA